AUGUCUUCAGGCGCGGGGCGGGAGGCCGUCUUCGCCACACGACAGGCGUUGGGUCAGAUGAACCUGAAAUUAAAGGGUGCCCAGACAGGUCACAGUCUGCUGAAACGAAAGAGUGAAGCUCUGACAAAGCGAUUCCGAGAGAUCCUCAAACGAAUCGACGAGGCCAAGCGGAAAAUGGGCCGAGUCAUGCAGAUUGCUGCAUUCUCUCUAGCUGAAGUGACAUACGCCGUGGGUGGGGAUAUUGGUUACCAGAUCCAGGAAUCGGUCAAGACGGCACGAUUUCGAAUUAAGACGAAGCAGGAGAACGUGUCCGGUGUCCUUCUACCCCAGUUUGAAGGAUACACCAUUGAUGAGAUCAACGACUUUGGCUUGACUGGUUUAGGCAAGGGAGGGCAACAAGUGCAAAGAUGCCGCGAGACAUAUUCUCGCGCCGUGGAGACGCUCGUUGAGCUGGCGAGCUUGCAGACGGCAUUCACGAUUCUGGACGAGGUCAUCAAGGUUGUCAACAGGAGAGUCAACGCUAUUGAACAUGUUAUCAUUCCGCGGACCGAAAACACCAUCAAAUAUAUUAAUGCCGAGCUCGACGAACUCGACCGAGAAGAGUUCUAUCGCUUGAAAAAAGUCUCGGGGAAGAAACAGAGAGACCAAGCAGCUGCAGACGCAGAGCUGUUGAGACAAAGAGAAACGGAGAAAGCCAAAGGUAUCAGCGACAAGGAGAUCGACGUGGAGCCGAAGGAUGUACUCGGCGAAGAGGAAGACAAGGAUGUGAUCUUUUAG